GAGUUCACGAGGGUGUAUAGCAGUAUCAUCAUGAGUAGACUGAAUUUAUCAACGUUCACACUGCAGAUACAUCUAUAUAGCAUGCUCCGGUCAAAGACCGUUUUCAACCGGCCACCUGCAGCCCCAACAUCCACACCAACCCCCGAGUGUCCGGGGGAGACACCGGCUUCUUCAACGGUAAAGCUGCCAGUGACACAGCAGUGGCUAUCACGCGAAGUCAGCCACAACCCUGCGAAACUGACUCACGCUAAGUCAACAAUUGCUUGGUUGAGAGCAGCUUCCAGAUGCAGAGAGCUAGAGCUCGGUUACAUGAGCUGGACCCUGGAAUGACUGAGCUGCUGCUUUGUGCAUAUAAAGACAGCUGAAGCGCCUGCUGUGCUUCCAUUUGUCGUUACUCACCCUCUCCUCCACCGUAACACACUUGCCACCUCAACAAUCAAGAUGCUGGCCUUCAAGACUCUUCUCGGCCUGGCUACUGUCCAGGCUGUCUCUGCCCACUUCGGUCUUGUCUUCCCUCCUUGGCGAGCGGACACCCUCAGUGAGGAGGGCGAGGAGCGCUACAACCAGUGGGAGCAACCCUGUGCUCGUGUUGACUUCAAUAAGAAGAACCUCACUGACUGGCCCCUCGACGGUGGUGCUCUCACCCUUGAUCUUCACCACGAAUGGUCCUACAUCUUCGUCAACCUUGGCCUCGGCGAGAACUCCACCAACUUCAACAUCUCCCUCACCCCAGAGUUCCUCAACGCCACAAACUCGGGCACUCUAUUCAUCGACAAGCUUGAGCUACCGUCAGACGUCAAGCCCAAGGACGGAGACAUCGCUAGUAUCCAGGUUGUUACGGUUGGUGACACUGGCAAUGCCCUGUACAACUGUGCGGAUAUCCGCUUCAAGGAGAAUGCCAAGGGACCUAGCAACAAAACUGGCGAUGUGGACUAUGUCAAGAUCAAGCAGCAGAAGGGCAACGGAACUGAGGAAGAUAGCUCUUCCAACUCUACAUCUUCUGGAGACAGCAAGGACAACGCCGCUGGCACCAUGGGUGUGAACACGAUGGUUAUGACCUCUGUCGUGGGUCUUGCUGCCGCUUUUGUGAUGGGCUUGGGCCUAUAGAUGGAUGACCUUAUGAGACACGAGUAUUUCAAUGUGUAACCAGUAGUCACGGUAGAAAAUUCACGGCCUUUCAAACUUCUGACUGUUCAAAUGUGGAACAAAUAUGCCAUUGACAUGGCCAGCCUGCAAUUACAGGCUGGCUACUAGGAGCCUUUUAUUGUUGAUCCAUUGGAACCCCAAAGAUGCUUCCAGACCCCGUAUAUGAUUACUUGCAUGAUUGAAGAAAAGGAAAAUGAACAUGCAAUUGGUAUAAUAUAUAGAAACAAUAAUUGCAGUAAAACGUAAGGAAUAAUAACAGGGUAUAUCCAAUCUGGGUUGGUCAGCUUGGUCAAACCAGGGGCGUUGCUUGUUUACUCACCAUCCCACUCAUAUAAAUUCAGCAUGUAACGCUAAAACGCCAAACUCCAGUCCUGGAAUCAGAAAACAAAAGACAGGCAAUGACCAAUUGAUUAUUCUUGUGAGAUCCUCUCACAUAUGGUUGAUAACAGUCGCGACUCCUUACACGGGCUUCAUCCCGCAGGAGCAGCAACCUGUUCGACAGCCAACUCUUGUACCACUUUGGCCAUAGUGAUACGCUGGUUGGGGUUAGGGUAUAGCAUCUCCAUAACGAUCCGCUCGAGUCGAUCCUUGGGAUUCAGACUCUUUCUCGCAUCGAAGAUCUCGGCAAGCCAAUCUCGCAUCUGCUUCAUAGCGGGUUGGCCAUUUCCAUACUGCUUGUGCGGCAUGUUGGGACUGUUCACCCCAGCGAUCAACCAAUAAAGGGGUCGCGGGUGUCGUCGAUGAGCACGAGAGUCAGGGUACGUUAUUUUGCGCAACACGUAGAGCAUAGUGACACCGAGUGCCCAGACGUCAGAAGCAGGUCCGCGUUGUUUUCGCCCAAUGAAUUCCGGAGGAACGUAGUACGGUGUUCCGCCAACGGUCGGCGAAUUAGUAGCAGUGGCCGGUGUAGAGAGACCAAAAUCGCAAAGGACCGCACCUCUCUCCGGCGAGUAGAGGAUAUUGGCGGGCUUGAUAUCGUUAUGCACCAGCUUGCGACCGUGGAUGUAGUUGAGGGCGCCAGCGAUGUCUCCCAAGAUUCUGGCUGCGUCGUUUCUGUCGCCAAUGAACUCAUCGUUGGUAUUGUUCCGCCAUCGAGGCAUGGAAGUUAGAUCCUUCGCGUCGAUGUGCUCCAUAUAUAGGGAAAGGAAUCGGGCAUCACCACCAUAGUAGCGAACAAUUGACUUGUGCUGCAGGUCUUCCUGACCCCUACACUCACGAAGCCACAUGUCGGCCUGACGGAUGACAGUCCGCUCGUGGACGAGCGCCUUGUCAUUGGGGUUGGCAACGCGCGUCUUGAGUACCUUGACAGUAACGAUGUUGUUCGGUACGUGGGAGUGUGUUGCUGUGUACACGGCAGACAAGGAAGUCGAAGCAAUUGGCUCUCGCUUGGUGAGUUCGUACUCAUCGACUUCGCAGACACCUGAGAUUGCAGCAGUUUCACCCUUUUCAGCGUCCAGCAGAGGAUGGCCAUUCACAGAGGAGAGCUCCUUGCUCUCGCGACCAUUUGGAAGAGAGAAAACCAAGGGAUCUGCGGAAGGCCUGAGGAACAUAACAACACCGUCGUCACCGGGUGUAUUCGGGUCUGAGACACGACGUUUCACUCUCUUCUCGUCAUGCUCCGGAGAAAGGGCCCGCUUGCCGCUCGAGUUCACGGUGGGGGUGCUGGACUCUGAGGGAACAUCUUCGACAAUAGUCUGUUGCUGUGGUUGAUACAGUAUCACCGGGCGCUUUUCAAGUACUCGGAAGUCGAGGACUUCCAUGUCUCGAAGCGUGAUGCGCCAUGUUCCAGGCCUCAGAGCCUUGGCUGACCCGGGGUUGACGACAUGUGAAGGACUGUAAGGGCUCGACGGCGGCGUCGGCGACACUCCUGACAGAGAAAUUGGUAGGUCUGACCGGUUCAAGAAGAUGACUUUGUCACUAGCGGGAUCGUAGUAUAGCUCGCACCACAAAGGGGGCCUUGGGUAGUCAUCUUGAGUCUCACCGGGGAUACGGACGGUGAAUUUGAUAUCUUUGGAGGUCUGAGUCACAGCGAGAACUUUGUGCUCAGGCUGCUCUGGUGAAGCAACUUCGGCGCGGAGAGCGAGCCACUGUAAACUUUCACUACCAGGGCUCACAGACCGCGACUUGGGGAAGUUGGCUAGGGGACGAAAUAGAAUGCGGAUGCCUUGCCUGUGGUGGUGAUCCUCGACGUGGAGCUCGUCUAACGAGACAAGCGAAGAGCUAGUAAUAGGGACUGGUUCUUCAACACCAAUCCCCUUGAAGCGGGCGUCAAUUUCGGAUUGAGAAAAUGGCUCGGUGCGCUCUUCUGAGACAACCUCAGAGAGCCCGAGCCUAGGUUCUGCCAUAAGUUUGGCUAUCUCUGCUUCAUACGUGAAGUUGGUAAGCAACCAAGGCGUAAAGCGGUGGGUGGACCAGGCAGAAGGACCAGGCAAGAGUUUACCUCAGAUGCUAACCAACCAAACGCAAACGAAUGGAUGGCAGGCUGAACAGAAUGUCUAUAGUAAUUGAUAGAGUUUGUGUGAUUGCUACGUAGAAAAGCAAUCCGUGCGGUGUUGCGUUGCGUAGCGAGAUACGAUUGAUGUUGCGCCAGGCUGAAAAGUGUAAUGUAGUUGUGAAUGAAUAUGAAUGUAUGAGUAAUAUGAGGGGCUGACUGUAAUUGAUUCCAGGCAGGCUACUCUGUGCUGCGCUUGUGAGGCGAUGCACUCCAAGAAUGUAUGUACAGUACGACACAAGGCGAACCGAGGCGGGGAGAGAGUGGGAGUGGAAGGGUUUAAUAGGAGCUGGGGAAGAGUGGGUUGUGGCUAGGUAUUAUUAGAUGCAGCAAUCAGGCCUUAGCUUGUAUGGAUAGGAUGGGAAUGUAAUGUAGGAGAUGCAGGAACAGAAACAAAAGCCAAGAUCAGUAGUAAAUUUGACCCUCAACGAGCCCUGUUUUAAGAGGAUGAACAGGGCACAUCAGAAGGACAGGACACGAUGGGCGUGAUCUUCUGGGAGGGUUGAAAAGACAACUUUCAGCCCAGGUCAGGACAGGUUCAGGGACAGGCCUGCUGAUAGCGUAUAGUCUCGUCUCAGACUCCACGAGGAACAAGACUGAAUCGGGGUCGAGUCAUACAGCGAUUUAGUUAUUCGCUGCCUGAAGGCUGAGGGGAUGAUCCAAAAACGGAGAACGAGGGCGAUUCAUUCUACUCAAGAAAGGAUAGAAAGAAGCGGGAGCGGGCGGGACGAGACGGUACGAAGCGAAUGCCACUGAGCACUGGCACUGGCACUGUCCUGACCGUCCUAUUCUGCGCUUACGCUUGUUGGCUUGGGAGGGAGCUUUUGGCGUGUGUGGAGUGUAGGACUGGAUCAAACGGGUAGGGCUGGGCUUGACAAGGCAGAUUUGACUUGACACGGUUGAGGACACCAUUCACUGCCACACUCUCUGCCACAACCCAACGCUUUGUGGCUGUGCAAAGUCAUCUCACCUAGGACUGACUUCCUGGGAUGUCGAGAUAAUUACCCCGACGGCCAGAUGAUAUUAUCCAUAGGAGAUGUCCUCAUAGAUCUCUGGUCACUAUGAGAUCCAAUAGUUCGUACAAAUGACAAGAAGGAUGAUGGAUAAUUCACUCGAAUUAAUUGCUGAUGAGCCCUUCGGCUGCACGUUGUCAACCAAAAGGCGAGCAUAGAACCAUCUGGCAUCUUACAUGGCUCAGCGGAUCUUACUAUGACGACACUGAAGCUGAUAUUAAGCAGACCGAUUUCAGCAUGACUGAGUAUCCAUCGAGAUUUGGGGAAAAGCAGGCUAUAUAAAGCAGAAGAUAGAUUUUACGAGAUAACGUGAGUUUGUCACGAUAUUAGGCACCAAAGACAUUUUUUGCAGAGGUCAGUUGUUGUCUCAUAAUGAGUUUCGGUUAACUUGGUCAAAGAGUGUUUACGUGGCCAAUACCUCAAC